UCUUCCUUAUUUUUUCUCUUAAUCUUUACGAUCCGAAACUAAAACCGUUAUCGUAACCGAAAUACACUACUAUCGUAGAUCGCUCUCUCAAACUCAUAUUCCACAACCUCAUUUAUUCCUUUUUAAUCUGCAAUCGCUUCUCUAGGGUUUCUACGAACCAUUUCAUUUUCUUCGCAUUUAAGGCCUUUAAAUUGGCUUGAAUGACCGUGUGGCGAAAACCAGGCUAUGACUUCAAGCAUGUUGAGUGGGGACCGAAGGUGGACCUCUUCCACCAGAAGAGGUGGUAUGACCGUCUUAGGGAAAGUUGCAGUACCAAAACCUAUAAACUUACCCAGUCAGAGGUUAGAAAAUCAUGGUCUGGACCCAAAUGUGGAGAUUGUACCCAAGGGUACCCUCGGCUGGGGCAGUAAAUCAUCAUCUUCUGCAUCAAAUGCAUGGGGUACUUCUCUGUCUCCAAAUGCCAGUGGUGGGGCUAGUUCACCCAGUCAUCUCAGUACCCGUCCAUCAUCUGGUGGAAGUGGCACACGGCCUUCAACUUCUGGUAGUGAUAGGGCCCCUGAACUAACUACUAGUGCAUGGGGGUCAACCUCUCGGCCUUCAUCAGCAUCGGGGCCACUAACAUCAAAUCAGACUUCACAGACAUCAUUGCGUCCUCGCAGUGCUGAAACAAGGCCUGGCAGUUCACAACUAUCUAGAUUUGCUGAACACGUGGCUGAAAAUUCAGUGGCUUGGAAUGGUACUAGAACUACUGAGACACCGGUAGGCUUCUGUUCUUAUUUGUGGUUAGUCACUUCAUAUGAUUUUCUUGCUGUAAUUUUUAUGGUAUUAAAAGAUUGGUAGAUUGAUUUAAUCAAU